AUGGCGUCUGCUGAUCUGAGACAGGAGCUGGACUGUUCCAUCUGCCGGAACAUGUAUACAGAUCCUGUAACCCUGAGAUGUGGCCACAACUUCUGCCGGGCCUGUAUUGAUUGUCUGCUGGAUACACAGGAGGGGGCUGAAGCUUAUACCUGUCCUGAAUGCAGAAUAGAGUUUAAGAAGCGUCCUGUACUGCAGAAGAACGUAACGCUGUGUAACAUAGUGGGGAGGUUCCUGUCUACUCGGCCAGAUCAGGAGGAGACUGGGAUCUUCUGCACUUACUGUAUUCACUCUCCUGUACCUGCUGCUAAAUCCUGUCUGCAUUGUGAGGCUUCUCUGUGUGAUAAACACCUGAGAGUACACAGCAAGUCAGCAGAGCACGUCUUAUGUGAUCCCACCACUGCCCUGGGGAACAGGAAAUGCUCCGUCCAUAAGAAGAUCCUGGAGUAUUAUUGCACUGAGGACUCUCUGUGCAUUUGUGUGUCCUGCAGUUUGGCUGGAGAACAUCGGGGUCACCAGGUGGAGAUGCUGGAUGAGGCCUCUGAGAAGAAGAAGAAGAAACUGAAAAAUUAUCUGCAGAAACUGACCACAAAGAGAGAGGAGACUGAGAAAACAGUCCAAAGACUGCAGGAGAGCAGGAAAGAAACUCAGGAAAAAGUAGUUGUUGUAACAGGAAAAGUGACCUCUCUUUUUAAAGUCAUCAGGAGACAACUGAAUGACCUAGAGAAAAGAGUCCUGAGUGAGAUCUCCAGGCAAGAACAGCGCGUUUCACUCUCAGUCUCUGAACUGAUCCAGAAGCUGGAAAUAAAGAAGGACGAGCUGUCCGGGAAGAUGCGUCACAUUGAGGAGCUGUGCAACAUGUCUGAUCCAGUGACUGUCUUACAGGAACCAGACACAGGGGACUUGUGUGAUACUGAGGACACAGAGACACAUGAUAACCAGGUCCAUGCCGAAGGUGGUCUCAAUAUGGGUGUUAUUUCCGAGACAUUAUAUGCAGGGCUAUCUGAUAUAAUAAGAGGUAUAAAGAAUGGGAUUUAUGUGUCAAAAGUUACAGACAUAGUUCUAGAUGCAAACACAGCUGCUAAUAAUAUACAGUUAUCAGGUGACAGGAAAUCUGCAUCCGAGUCACAUAAAAACCAGAAUCAUCCAGAAACACCAGAGAGAUUUCAGUAUCGUCAGGUAAUAAGCACCAGGGGAUUUUAUACAGGUCAACAUUACUGGGAGGUGGAGAUGAGCAAACCUGGGAGAUGGAUGGUGGGGAUGUGUUAUCCCAGCAUAGAAAGGAGAGGGGAUCAGUCAGUCAUUGGGUAUAAUAACAAGUCCUGGUGUCUGUGUAAGGAUAAUAAUCAGUAUGUGGCGUUGCAUGAUAAUAAAGGUAUAAGGCUACCUGAUAAUAUCCGCUGUGACAGAGUGAGGGUAUAUCUGGAUUAUGGGGCAGGGCAGCUGUCCUUUUAUUCCCUGUGUGACCCAAUCAGACACUUACACACCUUUACUGCAACCUUCACUGAGCCCCUCCAUGCUGCAUUAUUGGUGUAUAAAGGUUCUAUCAAGAUAUUUGGGGAGAACCGUGAAUUGGGAGAAUUGAUUCUAAGAUUUCUGCCCAGAGACUGGUGACAUCAUGGGGAGAGGAUUCUGAUUGGUACAAUUUUUAGACAAUAGACUGAGACAAUGGGUGGAGCUACAACUAAGUGUCUUCUGUUUUGCACCAGGUGUUAGAAACUUUUAUUAUAAAUAUAUAAACAUCCAUCUCUGUGGUACAGUAUUUAUCCGCCUCUGACUCAGAGAUACACAUGGUCCUAUUGCAUGCAGUGUACGCUGGGGUUAAUUGGGAUAUUUUCUCUGUAAAGGUCUGCACACUGGGAAUUGUAGGCCAAGAGUGUAUUUUGCAUGAUGUAAAAUGGGUUGCACUACAACAU